CUUAUUCUAACUAAUACAUCCAACCACUUCUUCUUACCCACGCCCUUUCCACUAGGUAACUGUUCACUAGUAAUAGCUGUCUGGUCGAUUACGUCUGUCUAGGGCGCCAGUACGGACUGAGACGCUUGCCCGGUGUAAGCAUAAGUGCUACUUCUACUUCUGCGUAGAUCCGCGUCAUGCCGGCCUUGGUCAGAAUAAGGCGGAUAAGGCGGAUAGACUUCCGGGUAACUCCGUCAAUCUAUUGAAUUACAUAGCAUAUCAUUAUUGGAUACCCUCUACAUCGGCGUCUCAGUGACCACUUUCGAAGGCUUGGCGCCGCCAUUGUUGUCGACUACGUAUCUGCGAAUAUGACGGCCGCGUCCGUACCUCGCAUACGAGCUCGCAAGCCUAAAGUCCGCUCAGGCUGUGCUACGUGUAAGUCCCGGAGGAUCAAAUGCGAUGAAGGUCGGCCGGCCUGUGCUCGUUGUCAGAAAAGUCGGCUGUUUUGCAGAUACGACCAUGGCAAGACUCAAGAUGGCAAGGCUCAAGAUGGCAUCCUACUGGUGUCUGAUAGCGGCGACGCCGGUUCGCAGUUGGCCCCGGUGAUUCGUUCACAUGAUUUUGAAGGGUAUGAGGUCUUAUACUUCGACAUAUUCCGCAACGUCGUCGUGCGCAAUCUCUCUCAGAACGGUUAUAGGAAUUUCUGGGCUCGGACUGUGCUUCGCGAGAGCCUCAGAGAUGAAUGCGUACGGGAUUGCGUCCUGGGUACCGGUGCGCUGUGCCGCGCAAUAAAGGGCCAGAUUUAUCGUCUGAGGCAACCAGGGGCGAAGUCCCUUUGGAUGGUCCCAGCAGAUUCUCUCAACCCUGUCAAUACUAGAUAUCAUAGAGACGCACUCCAGUCUUAUACCGCGGCCAUCUCAAAGUUUCGAAAGCGGAUGCUGCUUGAGGGCUCGUCUAUUACGCCACGAACGAUCCUGAUCGUCAGCAUUUUGUUCAUCCUGUUCGAGGCGAUACAGGGCAACACAGAAACCAUCGACCGGCUUAUGCACUCUGCCAUACUCGCCUUGGAGAGUUCCAUGUCAGGUAGUAUGGCGUUUGGUUCUAGGUUAUCACCGACUCUGGACGACGAGGGCGUCCGCGAAGCAGACUAUUUCCUCGCACGCCUGUCUGGGUUUAACUCCUUGCUGUCCCCGUUCUAUCCCGCCAUGCUGAGAAACAAAGCAUAUCAAAGAACUUGGUUAUGCAAAGACGCCAUUCCUAGCAGCGACCAAAACACACAGCAGGUAGAGCAUAACUUCGAAAGGCACACGACAUACAUGUUAUUCUGGUGCUUCCGCAUAACCCAAACCAACCUUUUCAACAACCCGACUGAUUUCGUGAAAUUCCACGAGGAACAGACGCUUGCUAAAAAUCAAUCAAAAAUUUGGUGCGAAUUUUUGGAAAGCAAAGUAGACCAGGAGAAGGAUCCCGUCCAGUGCUGGACUUGGAAGAACGGCAAAGAGACGCUUCGGGGAUCAUCCCCUACCAGUCAAGAUUAAGAUGGAGUACAUCAUCGUGGAACGACGACCGGACAGAACUGCGGAUGGUGCUCACGGGGGUUAUUACCGGCCAUCGUAAGGAAUUAACGAUUCGCAAAGAUGAAAGUAUCGAUGAUAUGAUUACGAAUAUAUCUAAACUAUCUGUCUAGCCAUCCGGGGUGUGGCCAGUCACUAAAAGUACAAAGACCUAAGAACACACCACUCGAGCCGAAUCUAUGUUAUACGAUAUGCACCGUGGGCCACUCGACGAAGUCAGAUAUAUAGUCAGAAAGAGACGAUGGAGACUCGAUAGUUAUAUAGGAUUAAACACGUACAUAAACAUUACCAAGCUCAUAACUAGUUAAUAGCUAUCCAAAACAAGAUUCUAAACAUAACAGAAAGCAUUGUUCUACAUGACAAAACAACGCAGUAGA